AUGACCACGCAUCGAGACUUGUCGAGAAUGAAAUCAGCACGACUCCAUCAAAACUAUCAGAACUGCAUAAUCAUGAGCAUAACCAACGUCGCACUGAUCGGCGGUACCGGUACCCUAGGCGCGCCCGUUCUCAAAGCGCUCAAAGCCUCCGAAUUCAACGUCUUCGUCGUCAAUCGCCUUGGUUCUAAAUCGGUCUAUCCACGCACCCAAGUCAUCACCGUACCCGAUGACCUCAACGUCGACGAAGUCGCACAGGCCCUCCAAGAGAAAAAGAUUGACGCCUUGAUCAUCACCAUUGCCGGUAGCCAUGUGGAGUCACAGAAGAAGCUCAUCGAUGCCGCGUUCAAGGGCGGCGUGAAGCGAAUUAUGCCCGCAGAGUUUGGGAGUUGCGAUUCGGCGGACGAGAAGACAAACGAGAUUCUGCCGUUGAUGAAGGGAAAGAAAGACGUGCGUGAUUACCUGAUGCGGAUGCAGGAGAAAGAGCGUGAGGGUGCAGAGAAGCUGACGUGGACGAGCUUGGUCACGGGACAUUUCUUCGACUAUGGUCUGACUGGCGGCUUGUUGAAGUUCGAUGUUCGAGCGCGCAAGGCGUAUGUUCUCGACGGCGGUAACAUCAAGUUCUCAGCGUCGAAUCUAGACUUCAUUGGAAAGGCUGUCCUCAAGAUAUUGGAGAAGCCGAAAGAGACGGAAAAUAAGCUACUUUAUGUUCACAGCAAUCACGUCACGCAACUUGAGGUUCUUGAUGUGCUAGAAAAGGUCACGGGCAACAGGUUUGAGAGGAUUGCUCAAAAUAGUGAGGAGGAGCUCCAGGUAGUGCGCCCAAAGAUGCUCGAUGGCGAUGGCGAGGCAAGAGAAGAAGUCGUAGCAGUGUGGGGAGUUGUCGCCUCGGACUGGAAGGAGAAGGAAGGCUUCGCCAAUUCACUGCUAGAGCUGAAGGAAGACGACCUGGAAGAGACCAUCCGGAAAGUUGUAGCGCAGUUGUAG